GCGCGCAUCCCGGUUCGUUACGUCACUUGAAGCGCCCUGGCUCUUAGAUCUGGCAAAGAGAGGAAGAAAACGACAGAAGUCUCUAAAACAGGGCUUUCCCCUCCGUUACCAGCUCUCAAAGUGAUAACGGUCCAUCUACAACACUACACACAGGCACAGCCAUCUCACCAAACCGGACUAACCUCUUGUAGAAGAAGAAAUAUAACAUGACCAGAAUAAAUGGAUAAAACCAGCAACUCUUCAAGAAGAUGAGACAUUGCACUAUUUAAAUAUAGAUCACAGACCCUUUACUAGGUUUACAGAGAUCACCAUCUCCACCAAAAACAUCUGCAUUCUCUUUACCCCUGCCGUUCACUGACCAGAGCCACCAUGUAUGGCAGUGCCCGAUCUGUGGGCAAAGUGGAAGGCAACCACACUAGUGGGAGCACCCAAAGUCCUGGGCGUUCACCCCGUCUCCCUCGGUCCCCCCGUCUCGGCCAUCGUCGCACUAAUAGCACAGGGGGUAGCGGAGCCGGUGCCGGUCCAGGUGGUAAAACCCUUUCCAUGGAAAACAUUCAAUCCCUUAACGCCGCCUAUGCCACAUCCGGGCCCAUGUACAUGAGUGACAAUGAGGUGGUCACAUCUGGUCCAGACCUGCCCAAAAGCACCAUGACCCUGGGUCGCACCGGUGGACGAGUCCCCUACGGCGUCCGCACGACUGUAAUGGGAUCCAGUCCAAACAUCGCCACUGGAUCCCCUGGCACCACUGAUGCAAUUGCUUUCGGAGAUCACCAUAUGCCUUCCACGUUGGCGUCCACUGUGCCUCAUUCGCUACGGCAGGCGCGGGACAACACCAUCAUGGACCUGCAGACGCAGCUCAAGGAGGUGCUUCGGGAGAACGAGCUCCUGCGGAAGGAGGUGGACGUGAAGGAGAGCAAACUCAGUUCCUCCAUGAACUCCAUUAAGACCUUCUGGAGCCCCGAGUUGAAGAAGGAGCGCGCCCUGCGUAAGGAUGAAGCCUCUAAGAUCAGCGUGUGGAAGGAGCAGUACAGAGUCGUCCAGGAUGAGAAUCAGCAUCUCCAGAUGACCAUCCAGGCCCUCCAGGACGAGCUGCGGAUCCAGCGGGACCUGAACCAGCUCUUCCAGCAAGACCCCAGCUCUCGUCCUGGCGAGCCACUGACUGCCGAACUGACCGAGGAGAACUUCCAGCGUCUGCAUGGCGAGCACGAGCGUCAGGCCAAAGAGCUGUUUCUACUGAGGAAGACUCUGGAGGAGAUGGAGCUGCGCAUCGACACCCAGAAACAGACGCUCAACGCUCGGGACGAGUCCAUCAAGAAGCUGCUGGAGAUGCUGCAGAGUAAAGGACUCUCGGCCAAGGCCAGCGAGGAGGACCACGAGCGCACCCGGAGACUGGCCGAUGCUGAAAUGCACAUCCACCAUCUGGAGAGUUUGCUGGAUCAGAGGGACAAAGAGAUGGGGCUGCUGAGAGAGGAUCUCCACCGGCGUUAUGAGGGAGCUCCAGAAUCGGCCAAAACCAAGGCUCUGCAGACUGUCAUCGAGAUGAAGGACUCAAAGAUCGGCUCUAUGGAGCGCAGUCUGAGGGACCUGGAGGACGAGAUUCAGAUGCUGAAGUCUAACGGAGCUCUAAGCACAGAGGAGCGAGAGGAGGAGAUGAAGCAGAUGGAGGUUUACCGCAGUCACUCCAAGUUCAUGAAGAAUAAGGUAGAGCAGCUGAAGGACGAGCUGGCGCAGAGUCAAACACAGGGCGAAGAGCUGAAAAAACGGGUGUCUGAGCUCCAGCAAGAGAUUGACCAGGUGAAGCAGGAUCUGUCCAGGAAGGACUCUGAACUUUUGGGCCUGCAGACUAAACUGGAGACCCUGACCAAUCAGUUUUCUGACAGCAAACAGCACGUCGAUGUCCUCAAAGAGUCUCUCACUGCCAAAGAACAGCGUGCCGCCAUCCUGCAGACUGAGGUCGAUGCUCUGCGUUUGCGUCUGGAGGAGAAGGAGGCCACGCUGAAUAAAAAGAGCAAGCAGAUUCAAGAGGUGUCGGAGGAGAAAGGCACGCUCAACGGAGAAAUUCACGACCUCAAAGACAUGCUUGACGUCAAGGAACGCAAGGUCAAUGUGCUGCAGAAAAAGAUUGAGAACCUGCAGGAGCAGCUGAAGGAUAAGGAGAAGCAGAUGAGCAGUCUCAAGGAGCGCGUCAAAUCCCUGCAGGCCGACACGUCAAACACGGACACGGCCCUCAGCACGCUGGAGGAGGCCCUGGCUGAGAAGGAGCGCAUCAUUGAGCGUCUGAAGGAACAGAGAGACAGAGAUGAGAGGGAGAAGAGCGAAGAACUGGAGAGCAAUAAGAAAGAGCUAAAAGAGCUGAAAGAGAAGGUCAACGUACUGCAGGGAGACCUGUCCGAUCGCGAGGCCUCUCUACUGGACCUGAAGGAGCACGCCUCGUCCCUGGCCUCCUCUGGACUGAAGAAAGACUCCAAGCUGAAGAGUCUGGAAAUCGCUCUUGAGCAGAAGAAAGAGGAGUGCAUCAAACUGGAGAGUCAGCUCAAGAAGCGUUCUGAUCUCGUGUCAGGCCAUCCCUCCAAUGCUCAUUCUGUCGCAGUCGAGGCUCAGACUAGUGCAGGACUGUCGGAGCGCAUUGCCACACUUGAGCAGGAGGUGGCACGUUACAAAGAAGAUGCUGGGAAGGCUCAGGCCGAAGUCGACCGACUCCUGGAAAUCCUCAGAGAGAUGGAAAAUGAGAAGAAUGACAAGGACCGCAAGAUCAACGAGCUGGAGAGUAUGACUUCAAGGCAGAUGAAAGACCAAAGCAAGAAAGUUGCCAACCUGAAGCACAAAGAGCAGGUGGAGAAGAACAAGAACGCCCAGCUGAUGGAAGAGGCCCGUAAGCGAGAGGAUAACAUCAAUGAGAGUUCUCAACAGGUCAAGGAUUCUUUGCGGCUGAAAGACGAUCGCAUCGAGGAGCUGGAGGAGGCUUUGCGUGAGAGCGUUCAGAUCACUGCUGAGAGAGAAAUGGUGCUGGCACAAGAGGAAUCCGCUCGGGCAAAUGCUGAGAAACAGAUGGAGGAGCUGUUGGCCGCCAUGGAAAAGGUGAAGCAGGAGUUGGAGUCCAUGAAGGCCAAGCUGUCGUCCACUCAGCAGUCUCUGGCGGAGAAGGAGUCGCACCUGACCACGCUGAGGGCCGAGCGCAGAAAGCACCUGGAGGAGGUGCUGGAGAUGAAGCAGGAGGCACUGUUGGCAGCCAUCAGCGAGAAGGACGCCAACAUCGCUCUACUGGAGCUUUCGUCCUCAAAGAAGAAGAAAACUCAAGAUGAGGUGGCUCUGCUGAAGAGAGAGAAAGACAGGCUGGUUCAUCAACUCAAACAGCAGACGCAGAACCGCAUGAAGUUAAUGGCUGAUAACUAUGAGGAUGACCACCACAAGGCCUCCAAUUCUGACCAAACCAAUCACAAGCCCUCUCCAGACCAGAUUAUCCCCCCGCUCAUAGACCUCAAUCAGAACCGCAGUAAGCUGAAACUGUACAUCGGCCACCUCACGGCCCUCUGCCACGAGAGAGACCCGCUCAUCCUGCAGGAUCUAGCCCCGCCCUCAGCAUACCACCGCAGCCAACGGGACGCCUGGGAGGAGGAGCUGCAGAAGAUGAGCCCCGAACAGCUGGAAUCUGAGUUGGAGCAGUGCGAGCGAGAGAGUGCCGAACUGCAGGAAUACGCAAACUCUGUCCUGCAGCAGAUCGCCGAUCACUGCCCGGACAUCCUGGAGCAGGUGGUCAAUGCUCUGGAGGAGUCAUGCUGACCGGACUGCAGAGCCGAGCCCUGCCGCCUCCUCUCUUCCCGCUUCUUCUUUGCUUUGAUGUCACAGUAUGCAAAAAAAAACACAAACUCUCUCUCACCUUCACCCCGAUGCACAACUCAUAGGACAGACACAUGCGGGAGAGACUGACAGCUCACAAGUCAAGUGCACGCUUGGAUUGGGUUUGAGGUGUGGGAACGGUAAGCUGCCAUCCCCUACCACCACAUCCAUCCUCUCUGCACCCUCACAUAAACACGGGGAAGAGGAAACC